AGUCCACGAGUCAACAGUCAGUGUAUAGAAGAUACUGUACUACUGUAGUGGUAGUGAAUUCAAAAAUUCGACUAAAACGCCAACAUGCCUUUUUCUGCAAAUUUACUAGACAAUGGUUGAUUUUACUCCUCUUUAUCAGUAUAGCACUGAUAUUUAUAAAUGUUUUCCCUAGCUUAUAUACUCCACAAGAUACUAGAUUCUCCGUUAGAAAAGAACAGCUAAACUCUGGUGUCCACCCAGCAGAAAAUACCAAAGCAACCAAAGAAACAAUCUUAACAGAUGAUCCCUGUGAGACCAUACACAUUGGGGUGGUGUGUUCUGGAUAUAAUUCCAAUUUAAUGUUUCAUGUUUUACUUAAAUCUAUAUUUCUUAACAGAGUCAAUCCACUACAUUUUCAUAUUCUAUCAAAUAAGAUUUCAGAAAAAAUAUUGAGAAAAUUGUUUGAAAGUUGGGAUGUAUCACAAGUGAACACAACAUUUUAUGAGAUGAGUAACUAUACAUCUGAAAUUAGAUGGAUACCAAAUAGCCACUAUUCAGGCAUACAUGGAUUGUUGAAAAUAUUAUUUCCAAAAAUAAUUCCCCUAACAGUUACUGACAGAAUUAUAAUUUUGGAUACUGACAUGACAGUUGUUAGUGACAUCUAUGAACUUUGGAAUAUGUUUAGGAAGUUCAACAAGAAACAAGCAAUAGGAAUGGUUGAAAACCAAAGUGAUUAUUACUUAGGAAUCAAUACAUGGCCAGCUAUUGGCAGAGGUUUUAACUCAGGUGUGAUUCUCUAUAACCUUCUGCUUUUAAAGAAGCUUAACUGGUCCAAGCUGUGGUCAGACCUUGCUAAAAGGGAUGCUCGUAUUUAUGGAUCAACUCGAUUAGCAGAUCAAGAUAUUAUAAAUGCUAUUGUUAAGGAGCACCCAGAAAUUAUUUUUGAAGUGCCUUGUGUAUGGAAUACUCAACUAAGUGAUAAAACGUUAAGUGAGAGCUGUUACAAAAAUCAUAAAGUGAAAAUUGUUCACUGGAACUCACCGAAAAAGUACAAUGUUGAAAAUAAAGACGGGGAAUAUUUUAGAAGUUUAGCUACUGGAUUCCAAGAAUAUAACGGAAAUUUGUUGAGGAAAAAAUUGCAGCUAUGUAAUAAUGUGCCAUUACCUAUUCCUUUGAAUGACUCUGACGAUGUUUGUUCAGAUUUUCAAAGCUUAGCCAAUAAGCAUUGGAGAACGAUAUUGUAUUUUAGGGAGUAUAAGCAUAUUGUUGUGGAAAACGAUAUUACAUUUGUCGCUCAGUUAUCAUAUGAUAGGUUACAAACUAUUGAAGAUUUAGUCAAAGCUUGGAAGGGCCCCAUGAGCUUAACGUUAUACGUAUCUGAUUCCGAGUUAAUGAAAAGCAUCAACUUCAUAACAAAUUCGGAUGUACUGAAAGAUAGAUGGAAUGUUGCUUAUCACGCAGUAUUCAAAGAUGGGGAUUUCUAUCCCAUUAAUAUAUUACGAAACAUUGGCUUAGCGAACGUACAAAGUCCUUUUGUAUUUCUAGCCGAUAUAGAUUUCCUUCCAUCUAAAGAUUUGUAUGAAUCUUUAAUUAAACAUAUUACAGUGAACAGUCCAUUAAAGAAAAAGGCAUUAAUAGUACCUGCUUUUGAAAUUCAGAAAUACGUUAAUCAGAUACCAUUAGAAAAAAGUGAACUUUUGCUAAGAAUAAACGACAAAUCGAUCACUCCAUUUUUGUCUAAUAUUUGGGCUCCAGGUCAUUCUCCAACGAUGUAUAAUAUUUGGAAGAACAGUACCAAACCAUACAAGGUAAAAUGGGAAGUCGACUACGAACCCUAUAUCAUAGUUAGAAAUGACGUGGUGCAAUACGAUGAAAAAUUUGUAGGCUUCGGGUGGAACAAAGUCUCACAUAUAAUGGAACUAGAAGCUCAAAGUUAUGAAUUUAUAGUGUUACCAGAUGUAUUUAUUAUUCAUAAACCGCACACUCCAAGUUUAGAUUUAGGAAGGUUUAGGACGUCUUCUGUAUACAGGCUGUGUCUUCGGCUUUUAAAGGAGGAGUUCAUCCAAAGACUCAACAAACAAUACAACAGAAAUUUCUCAUACUUAAAUACUUCUGCAAUGCUACCGGAGAUCAGAAGAAGGAAAAGACAUAACCUCUCUUUGGAUUUCAUUUCGACCACUGUAGAAACAAAUACAGACUAUCCCAAUGCCACAGAGUAAUCUUUAAAGUGUUUCGAAAAUUAACACCUAAGGAUAAUGUGAUUAUUAUUUAAAAUUUUUUAAAGUAUGAAAUAUUUAAUAAGGUUUUAUUUUGAUAUUAUAAUAAGGCUGUUAAAGGUAAUAAUAAAACAUUAUUAAGGU